AUGUCUGCCUUGCUGGCCCUAAGCAAACACAACCAUGUUUCCCCGUUGAUCAUCCGCCUUCAAAAACUCUUAAAAGAUAACCCACAGGUACACGUGGACAUGACAUGGGUGAAAGCUCACGAAGGCAAUGCAGGUAAUGAGGCAGCGGACGUGCUCGCCAAAGAGGCAGCCUCAAACAUCAACGCACGUCCCAUCGCUGUUCCGGCGCCACCUUCCCAUCUUAAAAGACUGCUGAAAGGCGCAGCAGUCCAGUGGUGGCAAAGAGUAUGGGAACAUGGAAACACAGGAAGAAGAGUGUAUGGUUUUCUACCGAUGGUGACAACGGAGAGACUCAUAGCAAACGCUCCACUUACUAACUUUGUAACUGGGCACGGUCCCUUCCCGGACUACUUCAACAGACGCACUAUUUCUAAUACGGAUCGCUGUGUAUGCGGGGAAGAGGGGACACCCGAUCACUAUAUCUUCCGGUGCCCACUCACAGAACAGCACCAUUUCCCGGAACCCACGAACAUACCUGCCUUCCACAAGUUUAUCCUUAAAAAUAAAGCGGCAAUCAACACAGUGUGCAAAAUCGUUAACACCAUUAAGGCCUACGGCCAAGACCUUUGCCUCCCAUUAUAA